CGGGGCAAUGGACAGUAUUGCAGCGUGCUGUUUUGAAAGGAGCGUUGUGCCACAUUCAGCCUUCCAUUUCACUUGCAGAUAAUCUUAAAUCUGGCUGGAGAAAUUGAUUGAAGACUCUGCUGGGCAGACGGUCGGCACCCACCAUGAUGGAUAAUCCUCCUCUCAGUACCAGUCCAGAUUUCUCACUGAGCCACAGGCCUGGAAAUGGCUCUGAGGGAUCAGAACCGCCAGUAUCCCUGGGGGACUGGAGUGACAGUGAGAAUGAGCCAGACUCUGUUGGAAGCUCUCCAGGCUGCUCUGGGAAGACCUCCUUUCUCAGCGUCCCCUCCCCAAACAAGAAUGUCGCUGCCCAGGCUUCCGAAGAGAAGGUGGCCAAAGUGCAUCUCUUCUGGCUGUCCCGUUGCAAGGCCCAGCAGCAUCGGAAGCCAAAGUCUGUGUUUCACAAGGCAGAGACACCCACGGAGAACACAGGGGAAUCAGGGGAUUCCCGGGGGAGGCGCCUCCAGUUGCAGGACGCUCGUGAGGAGUCCGUGGAGAGCCGGGGGGAAGAGGACACCCCCGAGGACAUUGUGCAGCUGAUAGAUGAGCACGGCAUAUAUUCCUCUGCCAAGCUGGCGCCCACCCCAGAAGUGGCACUCCUCUCUCCCUACCCACAGCAGCUUUUGGAACACGGCAGCCGGGCGGGGGAGGACUUUGAGAUCCGGGAGGUGAUUGUGGACGAGAAGCCAUUCCAGUGUGCCGUCUGUGCCAAGGCCUUCAAGCGGGCGUGGGAGCUGUUCAGCCACGAGGUGGUCCACAAUGAGGAGCGUCCAUUCCAUUGCCAGCUGUGCCAGUUUGUUUUCAGAUGUUGAACACACGUGCAAACACCAUUUUAAAAGUGAAACUACUUACCCACAGGAGAUGACUGUCCAGUACAUCCAAUACAAGGGGGUGAAGUUCCCCCCUGGAUAUAACUCUGUGGAGAGUCUUUGCUUCGCUGAGAACAAAUUUGAAGUGCGGGAUGAUGAUAUUUUCAACGUCACUUAUCCUAAGUCUGGAACAGUGUGGAUGACUGAGAUCCUCAGCCUCAUUCUCAGCAGAGGAGACCCAACCUGGAAUCAAAGUGUUCUCAACUCUCUCCGUGCUCCUUGGUUCAGCACACGGCUGGGCCUGGAGACAGCACAUAAUUGCCCAUCUCCACGCCUGCUCACCUGCCAUCUCCCCAUUCAGAUCUUCCCCAAAGCUUUCUUCUCCUCCAAGGCCAAGGUGGUGUACACGUCACGGGACCCCCGAGACAUUGUGGUCUCCUACUAUUACUUCACCAAGAUGUGCACCACCUAUGAGGAUCCCAAAUCCUUCAACCAGUUCCUGGAGGGUUUCCUGAAUGGGGAUGUGCCUCAUGGCUCCUGGUUUGACCACGUCAGAGGCUGGAUGGAGCUGGAAGGCAGAUGCCACAUCUUCUUCAUCAGCUACGAGGAGCUGAAGCAGAACCUGCGGGUCAGCGUGGAACGCCUCUGCCAUUUCCUAGGGAAGGAGCUGGACGAUGCAGCCAUCACCUCGGUGGUGGAGAACACCUCCUUCGAAGCCAUGCAGAGGAAUAGGAUGUGCAACUCUACGAUGCUGCCCAAGGAGCUCAUGGACCAAGGGAAAGGGACCUUCCUGAGGAAGGGUGUCUGUGGGGACUGGAAGAAUCAUUUCACUGUGGUACAGUCUGAGUACUUCAACAGAGUUUACCAGGAGAAGAUGCAGGGACUGAAAGGAAUCUUUCCAUGGGAACAAACUGGACUGUUGAAGCGCUCUUAA